AUGGCGGGCUCGCAGCCGCAGUUGGAGGCUGCAAAUAUGUCGUAUACCCCACAGAAUGUCCGCGAUGUGCCCGCGGACGCCUUCAUCAAGGCGUACGCGGCGCACCUGAAGGGCACGGGCAAGGUGCAGGUGCCUGCCAACUCCCACAUCAUCAAGACGGGCGUCAGGAAGGAGCACGGGCCCUACAACCCCGACUGGUUCUACGUGCGCAUGGCCGCCGCCGCGCGCCGCGUCUACCUGCACCAGAACGUGGGCGUCGGGACCUUCAAGCGCCUCUUCGGCGGCAACUACCGCCGCCGCACGACCGCCCCCGAGCACUUCUCGACGGCCGCUGGCGGCAACAUCCGCAAGGCCCUGCAGGAGCUGGAGCGCAUCGGCGUGGUGGAGAAGGCCUCGGCCGGCGGCCGCGCGAUUACGCGCAAGGGCAUGUCGGAGCUGGACACGGUCGCUCGCAGCAUCGAGCUGAAGUGA